AUGUUCAUCUGGAGCCUCGUGUCUCUUUGUCUGAGCACCUCGACAACGCUGCUGCUGCCGGGGGCGGAGGCUCAGUACUACGACUCGACUCCGCCUCCAGACGGCGAGGACGACUUCAACGGGACGUUCGAGUACAGCUUCUACAGUAACACCAGCAGUGAAGAGUUGGACAAGUUUAGUGAGCCAUUCAUCGAUGAAGAGGAAGAGGAAGAGGCCGUUACCAUGACAACCAUUCACGGACCUACAGAGCGGAACCGGGUCCACCAACGUAGUGCCGCAUCACUUCCUGUUCCUCUGGAAAUCAGGACGCUCGUCUGGACUCUAAUGAUCCUGAUGAGCCUGAACAUGCAGCAGCUCCAACACACACUCUGACACACACACUGACACACACACUGACACACACACUGACACACACUCUGACACACACUCUGACACACACACGCAGCAGGUGAGACACACACUCUGAGACACCCACUCUGACACACACUCAGCAGACAGACAGGUAGACAGACAGACAGACAGGCAGACAGACAGACAGGUAGACAGACAGACAGACAGACAGACAGACAGACAGACAGACAGACAGGCAGGCAGGCAGACAGACAGGUAGACAGACAGGUAGACAGACAGACAGACAGACAGACAGGCAGACAGACAGACAGGUAGACAGACAGGUAGACAGACAGACAGACAGACAGGUAGACAGACAGGUAGACAGACAGACAGACAGGUAGACAGGCAGACAGACAGACAGACAGGUAGACAGACAGGUAGACAGAGAGACAGACAGACAGACAGGCAGACAGGUAGACAGACAGGCAGACAGACAGACAGACAGACAGGUAGACAGACAGGUAGACAGACAGACAGACAAGUAGACAGACAGACAGGUAGACAGACAGACAGACAGGCAGACAGACAGACAGGUAGACAGACAGACAGACAGACAGGCAGACAGGUAGACAGACAGACAGGCAGACAGGUAGACAGACAGACAGACAGACAGGUAGACAGACAGACAGGCAGACAGACAGGUAGACAGACAGACAGGCAGACAGACAGACAGGUAGACAGACAGGUAGACAGACAGACAGGCAGACAGACAGACAGGUAGACAGACAGGCAGGCAGACAGACAGGCAGACAGACAGACAGGUAGACAGACAGACAGACAGGCAGACAGACAGACAGGCAGGCAGACAGACAGGUAGACAGACAGACAGACAGGCAGACAGACAGACAGGCAGGCAGACAGACAGGUAGACAGACAGACAGGCAGACAGACAGACAGGUAGACAGACAGACAGACAGGCAGACAGACAGGUAGACAGACAGACAGGCAGACAGACAGACAGACAGACAGACAGGCAGACAGACAGA